AUGUCUGAGGUUAUUUAUGACGAUGUGACCAGAACUGAGACUCUGGAAAUGGACAGAGAGACAACAGAGAUGAUGGAGGACAUGUAUGAAAAUUCUGAUGUAAGAAAUGAUGAAGUGAUGAUAAACACAGAGAAGAUGAGUUCACAGAGACAGCAAGCGCUUCAACAUACAGGAAGAGUCUCAGUGAAGAACAGAAGACACAGAUCAGUUCAAGUGUGUUUGUGUUUACUGUCUGUUCUUCUGUUCACUGCUGUAAUAGUCAUCUGUGUCUAUUUUAUCAUGGAGAGAAAACAACUACUAACUCACAACUAUAACUUGACUAAAGAAAGAGAGGAACUGUGCAGCUGGCUUACUAAACAAGAUCAGCGCUCUUAUAACUUUAAGUGGAUUUACUACAACUGCAGUUUUUAUUACAUUUCUUCUGAGUGGAGAAGCAGAAAUGACAGCAGACGAGACUGUGAACAGAGAGGUGCAGAUCUAGUCAUUAUAAACAACAAAGAGGAACAAGAGUUUUUGCUGAAGGCUACAGCUGGUCAAUAUUGGAUUGGUCUAAGUCAAGAGGAAGGGGUGUGGAAAUGGGUUGAUGAUACCACACUAACAUUAAAUUUCUGGAUAAAUGGACAUCCCAGACACAACCAUACAUGUGCUGUGACAUCUUCAUCAGGAUGGGUUAGUCAUUUAUGUAAUAGGAACCAAAGAUGGAUCUGUGAGAAGAGAAUUUUACAAUCACUGAUCAUAUAAUAAAUAAACAAAAAUAAUUUACUGUUAAGCAAUAAAUAAACUACACUGUCAAAAUUCACUCAACUUACAUUUUUAUAUUAACUUACAAUUUUAAGUAGUUUCAACUUGAAAUGUUUUGUUCUAAUAUUUAAAUAAUUCACCCAACUAAUUACUUUUUUAAGUUACCAGC